CAUUCAGCGGCGCGCCACCUAGUACGUAUCCCCCAUGAAGCUAUAGCUCCUACGAAAACAAGUCUCAGUUAAAGUGACUGAGACUGGUCGCUGCGUGGUCAUCAAGAUAGUUGUUCAUUUUGAGCAGCCUCGUGGUAUGAAUCAACAACAAGCAAGCUUCCAGCGUCGUCAUUCCUUCUCCUUGGAUGCAUCCAUGAUCUUUUAUUGAAGAAAGACCUGCGAGCAGUUUUCUUGAUACUGCAACCAGCGCGAUGACACGAACAAUUUCGCUAAAACCGACUACGACUAUGGUACGUGUUGGAAUCGGGCCGAGUGCUUCGUCCACGUGUGGCACUAUCGGGCCGAGUGCGCUAAUAUCAUCGGACCAUGCAGCGUCAGCAUCUUCACGUUCACUGUCAUCUGCAGCGAGGCGGGCAGCUGCAAGGGUCGGCGAGCAUCAACUACGAAAAAUGUUGAAUGUGCAGCUUUAUUUGGGAACGUCAAGAUCAACGGCGACUGGUGUUUUGCUACGAGGGCAGCAUGGAGGUAGCUCCUUCUCCCCGAGAAUAUCGUUGUCCUCCUCGUCAUCAGUAUCCUUGGGGCAGCAAACGCGAAGUUUUGCGCUCCUGAAACCGAAGGUAAAAACACUCAAACAGAAGAAGGCAGCUGCAGCACUAAUCAAACUCCUCCCACAUAUGCCACAGGAGCUGGUCACACUUACUACUUCGUUUCUGCGCAAAGACAAAAACUUGAAGAACCUUCUUCAACUCGUAUAUUCACCUGCAGAACCAGCAGAAUCGGAAGACGAUCGAGCAGAAUAUGAGCGAGAACGCCGCAUUUACCUGAUGGAGCUACAGAACCAUCGGGAGAAAUUGCAGAAGAAGCGAACGCAAUUGGAGGAGAGUAAUAUAAAACUGGAUGUCGUGCGGAUAUACCCUCAUCCAGGUCGACAACAUACUGCUCAAUAAUGAUAACAAGUCAAUACCAAUCUAAGAAGGAGUUGAAUCCACCAGGUAGGGUUUCACGACAUAUUGUCCGUCAGCUACCAAUAGAUAGAAUUAGUGAUGUUAUAUUUCAAUUUCAUCACGCAUCGAAAUUUAAGUUUGUAAUGUUGUGGUUCUGAUUUAUGCAAUUUUGAACUUCAAUUAUUACGUUUUUUAGUUACAAACUUGAAAUAUAUUCUUGUUGGUCAUGUAUGGUUCAAGCCUCUUGGAUGUCGUGGCGUUCUGUUCUCAGUGGCUCACGCAAAGCCUCGUGCUCGACUGUCAUCGGGAUGAUCUCGCAAGACAUGAAUGCCAAUGAUCAUGAGUGCUACUUUCAAUGCUCACUCAGUGCGCAUUCAAUGCAUAAUCAUAAUGAUCAAGGUGCAGACUAGGCACGGCUGUGCUGAUCCUAGUCGUAUGAUGCAUGUUCAGUCCGAUCCCUUCUGACAUGCUUAUGUUACUGAUGUAUGAUUCAUCUCACCCAAUGAACCAAACAGGGACUACACCAGCCAGAGAUCGCAACUCUCAGGCAGGAGUAACAGGAUUUGCCUGCAUUCAAGAUUCUGACUCUGUGUCUCCACUGAGAAACGAACCAAGGCGCGGAGGCCUGUGCUCUUGUGGUCCAGCAGUUUUAUUUGAAGGGAGGCUGAAUAGUUUCAAUUUCAUAAAUUUUUGCUUUUAUCGGCUUUUAAUUGAAUUCGUUUCUUGAGGAAAAGAUCGAACUGGUUUGCAAAAAAAAAAAAUAUGACUCUGGGGUCUCAAAUUUCCUUUUUCAAAAAUAUAGCAACGCUACCAAACAAAAGAUUUGCUUGUCAGUGGUUAGGUUUCAUCCAUUAGUCAAGUUUAUCGAAAGCAUUAUACUCAUUUCUAUCAUCGAAUGUUUGAGAAUCUAUUGUGUUUGUUAGACGCGUCAAUGUUAAAAAAGCUUAUUUUUUUUCACAGGUAUUCUCUCUGCAAUUCGUAACCUGCCUGCUGAGCAUUUUGACGAGGCGAUUCUGUCGGACAACGAGCCUCACCCAUCAGGCGAUCGCAAAAGCGAAAUUUUGCCUCGCAGCCUGCUGUUUCACCAGAUGUACAAAGGCGAGAUCUUUCGAGAUAUGGAUUUUCAUGAGAAAAAACGUCUUCAGACCUUUCAGAACCUCAUGCGGUUGCGGUAUCCGCAUACGGACACCAAACGAGCGGAUCCGGAACGGUUCUGGAUUCCGGAAUCCCAGUUUGUGUCACGCCAACGUGAAAGUGCUCGCAACAAGAAUGCGAAGAUGACUCGAACGAACUCGCCUGUGAAUAUCAGGUCCUGAUGAAGUCCUGGAACACCGGCCGCAGUGGUACAGGUGGCACGUCGGCCAGCCACGGCACGGUAGAAACUUCGCAAUUUCGGGGAAUAUUUUCGCUUUCCUUCAUGAUAUUUUCUGUUCAUGAGGCGCACUUGUUACGCUUAUUACGACCCUUGCCGUGGAAAGAAUGAGCGUUGUUGACUAGUAAGCGCGAACACUUCUAGUUGAUACGGGAUUCAACCUCACUAUCACCAGACGUCAUCCACAUUGGUAGAUCAUGUACGCGUAGUCUGUGUCUGUCGAUCCACGAUACAUAACUUUUGAAAGUGACACUUUUGUCGCUGCUCGGAGCGCCUCUUUUUUUCAUCUAUUUGGAAGCAAGAGCAACACGCUGCAUCUGCAACAGGAACACCAUCUACAUGAACAACCAGAAGUUCUUGGAGUCCUGUUCAUUGAAGAUCACAAGGCAGAAGCGUGUUGAGAUCAAAUAGUUAGUUGGACAACUUGAUGAUGAGAUCAUGCACCUGUUGGAAGAUGGAGAUUUACGAUCAAUUAUUUC